AGUUUCUUGUCUGUCGUACGUAGCGCAUGCGUUACAUCACCUUGUGAGCCCAUUCCCUUUCUUCCUAUCCAAUGGCAAAUGUUUAUUUCAUCAACAAUUAAUAAUCCAAAGCAAAUGCAUGCUGGUGUUUGACAUAUUAUCCAUAUGGAUGCAUGUAUAGCUUUUCUAAGGGCACAUGGCUCGACUCAGGUCUUGAUGAUCUUGUUUCCGGAUCCUAGUUCUUUUUUAUUUAUAAAAUCUAAUAUUAAUCUUCUUUAAUCUUAUAAUGAGAUAUUGAGUAAAGAAAUAGAUCAUGUUGGUCAUAUGUGCUUGUAUAUAUAUUAUUACACUUGGACGAAGAUACUGUGUAUGCUAUAUGUGUGACCAGAACCAUACUAAAAGAGUAGUUGAAAAUGUGGGUUCAAAUAAAGUGAGAAGAUAAAUUAAAAAAAAGGGCGGCAAAAAGCGAUGUAUGGGAACUUGAACCGGUGGAAACCAACCAGCUUGGAGUGCAGUGAAACUUGUCCUUAAUCCUACCAAUAUAUAAACAAUCUCAAGCUUCAUGCUUUAGUUGUGGUUGUUCAACUUGAUUCAUUGAAUCUUUCCUAUAAUCUGAAGUACCACCUUUUUUAGCUUGAAAGAGCUCGUUAACAAUGAAGAUAUUCAGUUGGAUGCAAAGCAAGUUGAACGUCAAGCAAGUUGCGAGGAAGCCAAAUGCAGUAGUGGCUAGUUAUAAUAUGGGGCAAGCUACUUUGAAAGAAGAAUUUAGUGAUUGGCCUCAAUCAUUGCUGGCGAUUGGGACAUUUGGAAUUAGUACCUUGAAAGCAGAUCCAGAGAGGGAAAGUUCCGAAGAAGUUGGUGAACUCAUCCAAGAAGAACUAAUCUCUUUUUUGGACGUUGAAGAAUCUGAAUCAGUUAAAGAAUCAGAAGCUCAUGAAGCUCCAUGUGAGGAGCUUGUGAAUAGAGACAUAUGUGUGCAACGUAGCAUCUCUGGCAUGUCAUCUAGAGGGAUGAAGGGUAUUUUAGUGGAUCAUAAAAAUGUCAUCAGAAAGAAGUCGCUGACCUUUCUCCUUAAGAAAUUCUUCACAUCCAGGAAUAGGUUUAACCAUAUAAAUGACUCCUUGCACCCAACCAUCGACAAGUCAAGAAUGGAGAAGAUAUUGAGAGCUGUACUGAACAAGAAGAUACAUCCCCAAAGUUCUGCUUCCAAGCCAUUGCCAAACAAGUACUUGGUCAGUCAAGACACAUCCAUGGAUGAUGAAAUCUCUGAGACAGAGGAUGAUUAUGAAGGAAGCAGCACAUGGGUUAAGACAGAUUCUGAAUAUAUUGUUUUGGAGAUUUGAUUGGAACCAGCAAUGUGAACAUUAAUCUUAAUUUUCAUGUACAAAUUGAACAAGUUUGGAUCUCAGAUGAAGAAAAAAAGCUUACAAGGAUGUCCUAUGGUGAACAAAUGUGUUACUUGCACCUGUGAUGGUUUUUUUUGUAACAACAUAUUGAUAUUUCUUUCCUAUAAGGAAUUUUUAUCCUUGAGGCUUCUCAACAUGUCAAUGUCAUGGUGAUAAGGAUCAAUUAAUAAAUAUGUGAUUCAUAAGCUCUAA